AUGUCCCUUGCUCCUCCGACGAAGCAACUGGGUGUUGCACCUCCUGGGAUAUAUGCCUAUCAAACGGACUUUGUCUGGACGUUGCCCAUCAACCCUACGUGGCGUCUCGAGGGAGCUGCACAGAUAAACAAUGGGGUGAUGGGUGUCCACAGUACUGCAGUUGGCACACCUCCCAUCAAGUACACGAUGAAAGCAGUGCUGAUCGAGAUACCUCAAGAGGACGUCAAUCGGGACGGAGGCUGCUCCAUCAUUAACCUCAGCUACGAAAACGGAAUAGCGACAUAUUGCUGCGGCACUCCUAUCACAAAAGGGACAGAUGUCAUCUGUCCAGAAGGAAUGGAUAACUUCCAGAUCCCAACGGGGCACGCGCUAACCGGUGUGGCUCUCUUGAGCAAUGUUUCCUCAUCGUCAGCGACGGCGUCACCUUCUUUUACGGAUACGGCGACACGAACCUGUCAUGGCACUGCGAUUGGAGCUGGUGUAGGAGUUCCCCUGGGCGUCAUCGCAUUGAUGGCACUGGUGUGGGCGCUGUUCGAACGAAAAGCAAGACAAGCAAUGCGGACACAAGCACCGCCAACUGCAGUAGCAUCAGACAAAGGCGGCCCCUAUGUGCGCAGUCAUAAUGGGUCGCCAUCAGGCUACUGCAUACACGCGACGCAGCUGAACUAA